UCCACGCAAUGCCCCGGUCUUCAACCGUCUGUCUUCCGCUGCACCCCCCCCUCCUGUCAUCCCCAGAGCUAAGGACGCACGUCCCACUGUCAACGUGCCGGUGCCAAAGGGCGUCGACAAGCGAGGACGGCCGAUCCUCUAUCAGGGCGGCAGGAUGGUGUGCAAUAAUUUCAAUCAGUGGGGUUGCAACUCGUCCGGCUGCCGUCUCCUGCACGUCUGCUCCUUCUGCGGGGGCGCUCACGCCAGGACCACUUGCCCCCACAAUCCCACCAACACAGCAGCAUGACUAGAACGUCACCUCGGCACGCCCAUAAAGGUACGUGCACUCGCUGCUGCUCUCAGUGACCACCCUGAUAAGCAGUUUGUCGAUUUUCUCAUCUCUGGCUUCACUCACGGUUUUCACCCCGGCACGGAGGUGCUUCCUGAUUCUUCCCACACAUGUCACAAUCUUCAAUCCGCUCUCACUGAGCCCAACACUGUUGACACGUUACUGGCAAAAGAGGUCACUGAGGGAUUUAUGAUAGGCCCUUUCGAUCAUCCUCCUUUCUCCGUAUUCCGUAUCAGUCCCAUCGGUGUCGCCACACGCAAAUACUCGGGGAAAAAGAGGCUGAUCAUUGACCUGUCGUCCCCACACGGCUCCGACAUCCCGAGCAUCAACAGCCUUAUUCCUAGCCCGGAUUUCUCCAUGCAGUACGCCACCAUUGACCACGCCAUGGCACUGAUUCGUCUGGCGGGACAUGGAGCAUGGCUGUCUAAGGCUGAUAUCACUAGCGCAUUCAAGGUCUUGCCCAUUCACCCCGACUUCUGGUGUUAUUUCGGUGUCUGCUGGAAGGGGGCUUACUACUUCUCCGUGCGUCUCACUUUCGGCUGCAAGAGCAGUCCCAAAAUCUUCGACUCUUUAUCCGAGGCUCUAUGCUGGAUCCUCUCCAACAAUUACAGGCUCCCCUACGUCCUUCAUCUCCUUGACGAUUUUCUGGUCGUGACUCCCCCGUCCUCACCUCCUCGCCACGGUCUCACUACACUUACGUCUGCAUUUUCCGACCUUGGUGUCCCUCUGUCCGAAGAAAAAACUUCAGGACCUGGCACAUCCAUCGAGUUUCUGGGCAUCACUCUGGACUCAAUGUCAUUCCAGGCUUCACUGCCCUUGGAGAAAGUGCAGCGCAUCUCGCUGCUCUUGUCUAAUUAUCUCCUGACAGACAGGUGCACCAAACGCCAGCUGCUCGCUCUCCUCGGGCACCUCAAUUACGCCAUCCGCAUAAUUCCACAGGCAAAAUCUUUUCUUUCUCAACUGCUGACCAAAGCUGCAUCCAUUCCCUCUCUCCACGACCACGUGGUUCUGGACGACACUUGUAAAACAGAAAUGCGCAUGUGGCAGCAAUUUCUGUCAUCCUGGAACGGCAUCUCAUUCUUCUACGACGACUUCAUCACCCAUCCCGAGGACAUUCAACUCUACACGGACGCGGCUCCCUCCGUAGGUUUCGGCGGGUAUUACGGGGGGAGGUGGUUUGCUGCCGCUUGGCCCUCCGAGUUCGAGUCCCUCGACACAGAGUCACGCUCUCCCUCGUCUGCUCUGUACGAGCUGUACCCCGUGAUCAUCGCCACUCUAAUCUGGGGGCAAGAAUGGUCAAAAAAAUGCAUCAAUAUUCACUCUGACAACACAGCAGUAGUAGAUAUAAUCAAUAAAGGCCGUUCCCGUUCCCCAGCCAUCAUGCCAUUCACCCGCAGACUCACUCUCAUCUCCGCUCAGUAUCAAUUCAUCCUCCGCGCGUCUCACAUUCCCGGUCACCACAAUGCCAUCGCUGACUCACUCUCCCGCUUCUCCUUCCAGAAAUUCAGAUGCUUGGCUCCAGACUCGGAUGUCCAUCCCACACCAAUCCCACCGUUUUCAGCGACCAUAUUCAGCUAAAUCCUCAUCUGGCAAAUCUCACUCACAUCACCCAAGAAACCAUCCUU